AGUAUUAGUGAAAGUGAUAUAUUUAUUUUAAUUUUAUACGGACCGAGACACUCAGAAUUUCAUUGCACCUACGAUAUUGAGUUAGUGCUAAUUAAAGUUGUGAAUAAAUACAAUGGGUCAAGGAAAAAGUCAGUUCAGUGAAGAAGAACUCCAAGAUUAUGAGGAUCUUACAUAUUUCACAAAAAAAGAAGUGCUUUAUGCACAUCAAAAAUUUAAAGCAUUGGCCCCUGAGAAAGUAGGUCACAACAAGAAUGCCAAGUUACCUAUGACAAAAAUCCUGCAAUACCCAGAACUUAGUGUCAACCCGUUCCGCGACAGGAUAUGCAAAGUGUUCAGCUCCAGUAAUGAUGGUGAUUGCACUUUUGAGGAUUUCCUGGACAUGAUGUCAGUGUUUAGUGAGACAGCACCAAAAGCGGUGAAGGCUGAACAUGCCUUUAGAAUAUUUGAUUUCGAUGGUGAUGACAUGAUAGGUGUGUCUGAUCUAUCAGAGGUAAUCCAAAGGCUUUGCGGCACUGAUCUGAAGCUUAGCGAUUCCGAGAUUCAACAAUUGGUGCAAAAUGUCCUGGAAGAGGCUGAUCUUGACGACGACGGCGCUUUAUCAUUUGCCGAAUUUGAGCAUAUCAUUGACAAAAGUUCCGAUUUCUGCCAAUCGUUCAGAAUAAGGCUGUGAGGCAACAACAUCUGUUUUGUACAGCAGUCUUUAGUUUGAAAACGAAAUGAAUUAUUUAUUAAACUUGUAAAUGUAGCAACAAAUUAGUAUGAAUUACGUAAUAAUAUUUUAAAUUUGAAUCUUAUAAGAAAUUGUUGUGCAUAACUCUUUACAAAUCAUGAAUAAAAUAAUUGAAUGUGGUUUUCUUUAACACUAAAACUAAUUUGUUGAGCUACGUAUUGCUAUACCCGAUUGGUUUAAUUUAGGUACCAUUGUAAAACUCGUUAGGUUUGAUACUUAACAAUUAUUACAUUCAAUAGGCACAAAAAUACACAUAAUGACGUAAGCAAUUUUAGAUGCCUACGACCUACGAAUGACUGACUACUUCGACACUAAAUAGUACCAUCAUCACACAGUUGUGCUAUACAUAUUAUAAAUUGUAAUAUUUGUAUUACUAGCUCUGCAAGCAGUUUCACGCGCGUGAAAUAUAUAGCCUGUAUGUUGUUCUGAUAUAUAAGUUAUAUCACUGUAAAGUUUCAUCGAAAUCCGUUCAGUAGUUUUUUGCGUGAAAGAGUAACAAACAUCCAUCCAUACUCACAAACUUUCGCGUUUAUAAUAUUCAUAAGAUUAGAGGUUAAUUAAUAAUUACAUAUGAAAUAACUUUAAUCAAAUUCGUAAUUCUAUUUUAAUUAAACGUAAUUAGAAUAAUAUUUAAUUAAAUUUAAUCAAAUAUAAUUGUAUAGUACUCUAAUUCUAUCUAAUCGUGUUAUGAAAUUAUUACUAAGAUAUAAUUAAACUAUAUGUAAGUAUUCACUCAACAUAUAACCAAUAGAAACUCGUGUAGUUUUCAAUGUGAAUUGGUCAUGGUAUGUGGUGGAAUGAUUUUUUUUUUAUUUUGGCACAUAACAGUCAAUACAUAUACAAGUAAUAUAAUUUGUUUUAAUAUCUGCAAUAAAUUUUAUAGUUUAAACACUUUUUGUUUACACUUAAUUUUAGUAAUAUAUUUUUGAACUGGGUUAUUGUCUUCCUAUAUUAAUUUCUGUGAUUAAUAGUACAUUAUGAUAAUUGUUAUAGCAAAUGUUACUCAAAUAAUAUUUGGAUACUCUUGUGUACUCUCGUCUCAUGUUUAUUAGCAGUAAAUGUAUUUAAUAUUUUUUAGAUUAACAAAUUGCCAAAAAUGAAAUAAAUAAUAUAAAACCUACUUUGUUUCUUUCUUUUUUAUUGCAUAUACCAAGAUGAAUUAUGAAUUUAUUACUAACUUAUUUAACAAACCAUCAAAAACAUUUGCAGUAUAUAUUCUGACUGUAUUACUAGAAUUAAUACCAGAAAAGAUUUAUAGGAAUACUGUUGUAGAAAUAUGUAGUAAAACUAUUUAUGACUGGAAAAAUGUAUUUAAUGGUAAGAUGGUAGACAGUGAAGUGACAAUUAUAUAACAAAUACUUUAAAAUUGUAUGUGAUAAAGCUAUAUUGUUAUAUUAUUAUACCUACAUGGUUUUGUGAAUUAGUCUAAAUAUUGUUAUCAAAAAAGUUUAUAUAUCUUUUGAAUAGAGCAACACACAAGUUUCUUGCUCAUUCCUCUUGUGAUAAAUCUGCAUUCCAAAUGAGUGGUAGAAUCAAGAAUAUGACUGUUCAAAAGUGCUUGUAUUGAGUUUAUUUGAAUAAAUAUUAUUUCUACUUCUAAUAGGUUAACAGUAUUUUCUAGUCUUUAAUUGAGAUAUUAUAAUCUAUGUUGGACUCUGUUUCUGCAUUUAGCCUCUCCAUUGGACCCUUGUGG